AUGACUGGACUCGUCACCGCGAUAUACGACGUCGGAUGCGCGUUGGGAGCCAUAAUAGCCUUCAUGUUUGGCGAACAGAUUGGACGCAAACGAUCGAUCAUCUUUGCGAACAUUGUCGUUAUCAUCGGUGCUUCUAUUCAGACCGCGUCCUUCGAGUACUGGCAGAUGUUCGUUGCGAGAAUCAUAGGCGGUAUUGGUGUGGGCUUCUCCACAGUCGCUAUUCCGAUUUUGCAGUCUGAGACACUGCCAGCGCACAACCGCGGUGCUCUUCUGGUCGUUCAGUCUGCAUUGAUCAUUAUCGGCGUUGCGCUUGCAUCGUGGCUUUGCUUCGCUUGCUUGUACGCGAACAGCUCGCUCCAAUGGCGGUUUCCGGUAUCCUGCCAGAUCUUGUUCUCGAUCUUGGUGCUGAGCUUGUCGCCUUGGCUCUGUGAGUCGCCUCGCUGGCUGGCUCAGCGCGGUAGAGUUGACGAGGCCAAGAACAUCAUUAGUCGACUACUCGACAAGCCCCUGGAUGAUGAAGAAGUACUAGGCCAGCUACAAGAGAUUCUAGACGCGAUCGAAGCUGAGCGGAACGAAGAAGAGCCCUCGUGGAGUGAGGUCUUCAGCAACUCAACCAAGACCCGCAAUCUCCAUCGCGUCGUUCUUGGAAUGGGCCCUUACAUGAUGAAUCAAUGGAGCGGAGUCAACGCACUAUGCUACUACCUCGCCUACAUCCUCGAAAACUACAUGGGCUACUCUCCCAGCAUGGCCCUCAUCCUCGCCUCCGUCGCCUUCACCCAAUACGCCGUCUUCUCCUGGCCCCCCUACUUCUACAUCGACCGCAUCGGCCGCCGCUGGUCCGUCAUGCUCUCCUCCGCCGGCUGCGCAAUCUGCAUGGCCAUCAUCGCCGGCGGCCUCUCCACAAACAGCUUCUCCAGCGCCGCCGCAGCAGUCGCCUUCAUCUUCCUCUACCUCGACUGUUUCACCUCUGGCAUCCUGCCCGUCUCCUGGUCCUACUCCUCCGAGAUCCAGCCCCUCCGCGUGCGGAACAAAGCCACCGCCGUGGGCGUCUUCUCGCACUGGAUCAGCAACUUUGUGGUCGUCAUGGUCACGCCGAUUGGGCUUGAUUCCAUCAAGGGGAAUUAUUUCUGGGUUUGGGCGGUCAUUUGUGCGAGUUUUGUGCCGCUGACGUACUUCUUUGGAGUGGAGACGAGCGGGAGGACGCUCGAGCAGAUUGAUGCGAUGUUCUUCGAUGAGCCGAGGUUGUUGAUGGGACUGAAUCCGGAGAAUAGGAGGGUUGUGCGGGGAAGCAAGACGGAUGAGGAGCAGCGAUACAGGAACAUGGCCCAUGCGAAUGAGAAGGAGGAGGUCGUUAUGUCGGAGAGGGUGUCGGAGAGCAAUUAG